UGGAUCCUAAUGCAAAUAAGGUUCAAUUUGGCACAGGAAGCCGGAAUUAUGAUUUUAUACAUCUCAUGACAUGCUUAGCACGCUGGUAACACAUUGUAGCAUGAAUAAGCGAGACAAUCUGUUAUUGUAAUAUUAAUGUAUGUGAGUGUGUGUGUGUCUGUAUAUAUGUGUGUGUGUGUAUGCCUUAAAUUUUCACCAUCACUCUGCAUUAAAGAAGUAUUAUGUGACCCUGUCACACCUGCCACUGAUCAGCCUGUAGUAGCUUGGGUGUUAGCCUUUAUUAGCCUGGUUGUUGGCCUGUAACAGCCUGUAGUAGCCUGGACCAUAUUGGGCGCAGACUGCAAGCAGUAGUAAUUAUAUGGUGUACUUCUUGAUCCUUUAACUAUCAUUUACAGAAGAUUGAUAACACCCUUUCUGUUUUUGACCUUGGUUUUUCGAUCUGAAACGCUGUGUUGCAAAUCACUGCUAAGUAGGAACAUUGAUUUUUGUAAAAUGAUCCCAAAACGCGCAAUAUGAUCAACUGUCUUCUCUUAUUCAUCCUCAUUAUGAUCUCUUCUGUAACCUACCGUUACAGUGGUACUACUCGUUUCAACAUGCUGGGAUUCCUGGUGUCCGUUUUGCUGAUCUUUCAUGGUUCUUUGGGUUUGGAACCAGGACGUGGACAGCCUCCCCAUGGGGAGUUAGCUGUGGAUCUGCCCUGGCACGAUGAGCUGUGCUGCAGUCUGCCCUCAGCUCACCACAAUACAGAGGGGAAUACUGCAGGCAUGGCAUCUGUUGCCACCCCAUAUCAUGGCUCUCCAUCGCACAGAACACAGCCCCCGCGGUGCCGCUACAGAGGUUUGAAGAAGACGUCACAACGUGGAGAAAACAACCAGCCCACUGGGGGUCUCUGCUGGAGCAUCCUGUGUGCUGUUGAUGACAACUGGGAAAAUGUUGUUUGUGAUCUGAACUCUCGCAGCCCACAACCAGAACCCUUGGUGUUUAGCACCACGGUAAUCAGCCGGCAGCACCUGGCCCUGCCAACCGGACAGGCUGCCCACAGUGUCACAAGUGCCGAGGUCUCUAAGCCGGUUAACUGUUCCCACAUUUGUUCCAUCGCCCUUGACAACGCCAAGCGGUCCUUUGCUAUGGUAGCCACUGCUGUGCUAAAUGCCACCAUCGGCCCCGUCCUGCUCCGUGUUCCAGCCCGCCCAGUCAAACCAAGUCCUCCAGUUAAUGUGACUCACACCCAGACAGUUCAGGGACAGCUGGUUUUAUACUGGGAUCCAUCUCAGUCAGCUGCCAGCCCAGAACGCUACAAGGUGCGCUACACAUUCAACAGCACCUGGCCUGUAUGGCAGGUGGUAAAUGUGUCUGGGGAGCCCAGGGUGUUCCUGGACCUGAGCCCCAGGCUGAACUACACCUUCCAGGUCCGCUGCUCCCUACCGGGCCACCCCUAUCUCUGGAGCGCCUGGAGCCAACCUCACCAUAUCUACCUGGACACGGUCAGCUACAUCCCAGAGAAGGUGGUUGCGAAGCCGGGCCAGAACGUCACCGUUUACUGUGUGUUCAACGACCGCAGCGCUAACGCUAGCUCUGCCAUCUGGAGGACCAACAUAAAACACCUCAUCCCCGGUCGCCAGUACAGCGCCAUCAACCGCUGGGUGAGCCAGAUCACGGUGCUGCCCUCCCAGAACCGUAUCUAUGACCUGCUGCAGUGCACACAGGAGUGGAAUAUCCCCUACAGCCAGAUUUAUGUGGAAGGUGCUGUCAUCGAUAUAACAUGUGAAACCAACGGGGACAUCGACGCAAUGACCUGCAGCUGGGAAAAAGACCACUGGAUUACGCUCAAAUUCCUCUCGAGGUGGGCGGAUGUACCUUGCGUUGAGAUGGAGAGGAGGGAGAGUUCCGGGCAGGUGGUGACGGGGGAGACACGGCGGGUGGCCUGCCAGCCAGAGAGGCAGGGCGAGAGGGUGAAGCGCUGCACCAUCCAUCCCCUGAGGAUGAGCUGCUACAAGCUCUGGCUGGAGGUGGACUCUAAGCUGGGCCCCGUCAGGUCAAGGGCCUUCUAUGUGUCCCCUACAGACCACGUGAAAUCCCACAAGCCGUCUAACGUGGAGGGGGUGAGUGAGAGCAGCAAGGUGCUCAGGGUGACCUGGGAGCCUCCGUUACUGCCCGUCGAGGGGGUCCAGUGCCAGCUCCGCUACCACUCACCCUCCACUGUGAGCGCCCACCCAAAGUGGACGGUACAGAGCCCAAUGGGGGCUUCCUGGUCAGAAGUGCGAGUCGCAGACAUGUGCAGGGUCUACGUGGUGCAGGUACGCUGCAUGUCCACCAGGGGCGUCGGCUACUGGAGUGACUGGACAGAGUCUGUGUACUCCGUACCCCUGAAUAGAAGAGCCCCUGAUAAUGGCCCUGAUUUCUGGAGAGUUUUUGAGGAUGAUCCACACAGAAACAUAACCAACGUCACUCUUCUAUUGAAGCAUCUUGCAAUGGAGGAACAAUCCUAUUGUGUGGAUGGAUUUGUCGUUCAGCACCAGACCUCUUGGGGCACCAUCAUCAGCGAGAAGAUAGGCAUGGUCUCCUCCCACAGCUUUGAGUGGAAUCAGGAGGUCCACACUGUCACGGUGGAGGCCUUCAACAGCCUCGGCAACUCCAACAACAACAUCAAAAUGACUUUGGGGAGACAGUUCAAACGCCACUGUGUGGAGACAUUCCAGGUGGAGGUGAUCAACAGUAGCUGCGUUUCUCUACUCUGGAACCUGCUCAGAAACAGCUCUGUUCCCCUAGCUAUGGUAGUCCAGUGGUCAGCACUCAGACCCCAGGACAAAGACCACACCAGCACUGGUGGUGGACCCUGGGCCCGGCUCCCAUACACUGAACACUCCCAAUACUUAAAGGGUGACUUUUCUGACCAUAAUCAGUACGGCUUCACCUUGUACCCUGUGUUUGCUGAUGGAGAAGGAGAGCUUGCAUACUCAACAGCCGCUAGGGGGGACCCAGCAGCCUACAUGUUGCUGAUGAUCAUCACCUUCCUGUGCAUCGUUCUGUUUGUCACUCUUGUCCUCUCUCAGAACCAGAUGAAGAGGUUGGUGUGGAAGGAUGUUCCUAACCCAUACAACUGUUCCUGGGCCAAAGGGCUGGACUUCCAAAAGGUGAACACGAUGGACCACUUGUUCCAACUCCCGGGCGUUCUACCGGGUUGGCCUCUCCUUCUGCCCACCGAGAGCUUCUGUGAAGCCGUAAUAGUCGACAAGAAAAACACCCCUCCGCCUCCGGCCACCGCCUUGGAGCGAGUCCCAACCAUCUUCCUGGCCGCGGGCUCCAGCCCCAACUCCAUCUUCUCCAUCGCCUCAGCCGCCUCCCUGGCUCCAGGCUCAGCCUCUGUGCUGAGUGACCCUCCGUCAGCUGACAGCACCGCGGCAAGUUCAUCCCAGUCCUCCGUCACCUAUACCACUGUGCUCCUCACAGAGCCCUCAGUCCGCCUCAGUUACAACAGCGAAAACGGCGGUGGAAGCGGCAGCUCUAGUGACGAGGGAAACUUCUCGGCCAACAACUCUGACAUUUCCGGAUCGUUCCGCGGCGGCCUGUGGGAGCUGGAGACCUGCCGUGAUGGCGAGACGGGCGAUGUGCAGCGCUCCUGCUCCUACAACUCGGUGGAGGAGUUCUCAGUGACAUCGGAGCAGGAGGAGGACGGGGGGGUGAAGGAGGACAAGGAUCUCUACUACCUGGGGAUGGACUACGAGGGGGAGGAGGAAGAGGAGAAGGAGGUGGAGAAAGGAAUUGGGGAAGACGGUGAGAGGGAAGUGAUGAAGCUUGUUCUGCUUAAGAGUGGCGUUUGGAGCAGUGGCAACUGUUCUGUUGGAUCCAACGUGUUGCUCAGGUCUUUAGAUGAGGACCCAAAGAGGUCUGCAGACUUUGCUCCAGUGUACCUCCCGCAGUUUAAAACUGCACUUUGCACAAGACAACCCAAAAGAGAACCACAGGAGUGCCUGCCCCAAUCUGUUAACUAUGGCAGUGCCUAACUUAACUUUGCCAUAAGCGCUGUGAGUCUAAUUUGUGCUGCUAUGUUCCACACAUUUCCAUAUUGUGGCUUGUGACAUUUAUUAGCAUUACGCUGCAAAUGCAAAUUAUAUUAAGAUUUUAAAAUUACUACAAAUGUAGCUUACUACACUGAUAAUGCUAUUUUUUGGUUUUAAGGGAGAGACAUGUAGGCCCAGGCAUGUAAAGGCAUUUAUUUAUUUAUGAAUAGGGCCAUUUAGACCCAGAUUCUACUGUGCUUUUUCCACAUCCUUUUUGGGCAACGUUGGCUACAAACAAUGCCCUCAUCUAAACACUCAUCCAAGACUAUUCUAGGACCAUUGUUUCUUAGUAAUAAGAGGAAAACAAGAAACCGAAAUGAGAAGACCUACUUAUUCGUAUAGGUAGGUUUGGAUUUAUAUGAAUACAUUUGGAAUGUAAAUGG